AUGUAGUUGUCUUCCAAUAAUCAUUCCGUUCGCAGCGUCUCCUCCACGAAACGAUGCCGGCCGUACACCACAAAUUAUUACUCGAGGAGGCCCUGCAGGACAGCCCGCAGACGCGGUCCCUGCUCAGUGUGUUUGAAGAGGAUGCAGGUACCCUCACAAACUACACAAACCAGCUGCUCCAGUCUAUGCAAAGAGUGUUUGGAGCACAGAAUGAAAUGGCUCUGGCGACAGAACAGCUUUCUAAGCAGCUCUUGGAGUAUGAGAAACAGAACUUUGCUCUAGCUAAGGGAGAUGAAGAGGUGAUCAACACUUUACAACAGUUUGCCAAAAGUGUGGAAGAGCUGAAUUCUCUGCAUGCUGAGCUGGCCACACAGUUUGCCGAUAAGAUGGUGUUUCCUGUGGUGCAGUUCAGAGAGAAGGACCUUACAGAGAUUAGCACACUGAAGGAAAUAUUCGGCAUCACCAGCGAUGAGCAUGAAGCUGCCAUGGUGAAAUAUAGCCGUCUACCCAAGAAGAGAGAAAAUGAAAAGAUGAAAGCAGAGAUCGUCAGAGAGGUGGCGUAUACUCGCAGGAAACAGCAUCAGGCCGCUAUGCAGUAUUAUUGCGCUUUGAACGCUCUGCAGUACAGGAAGAGAGUGGCCAUGCUGGAGCCCAUGCUGGGAUACACACAUGCACAGAUAAAUUUUAUUAAGAAGGGGAUGGAGCUGGUUUCAAAGAAGAUGGACAGUUUUCUCACCUCAGUUUCCAGCAUGACACAGAGUAUUGAGUCUCAGUUAGAGGUGGAGGCAGAGGUCAUGCGCUCGUCUCAGAGAGAGCUUCUCUCAGUGGAUGACACCGUUUACAUGCCGGAUCGCUAUCAAGCACCUGUGAACCGCGCCCUCAUUCAGAAAGCAGGUUACCUCAACAUCAGGAAUAAGACAGGUCUGGUGACCACGGCGUGGGACCGUUUGUAUUUUUUCACACAGGGUGGUAAUCUCAUGUGUCAGCCACGGGGUGCAGUGGCAGGCGGGAUGGUUUUGGAUCUGGACAACAGCUCCGUCAUGGCCAUCGAGUGUGAAGACCGUCGCUACUGCUUUCAGAUCACCUCACCCAAUGGCAAAACGUCUCUGAUUCUUCAAGCAGAAAGCAUAAAAGAAUACGAGGAGUGGAUUUGCACCCUCAACAACAUUUCAAGACAGAUUUAUCUUUCUGACAAUCCUGAGGCUGUGGCUAUUAGGUUACACCAGACGGCUCUACAGGCUGUGACGCCCAUCACCAGUUUUAAGAAGAGAGCUGAAGGUUCUCCUAAUCCUGACCGAGUGAUACCAGGUGCUGUGGUCCCUGGAGAGUCUCAGAGGACCCCUGCGGCUCUUGAGCCUGAAGAUCUGAUCGCUCCUGGAACACCGAUCCAGUUUGACAUUGUGCUGCCCGCGUCAGAGUUCCUGGACCAAAACCGAGUUGGUGUGAGACGCACAAACCCCUUUGGUGAGAUGGAGGACGAUGACAAUAGUUCAGACACACAUGAUUCGCUCCUGCAGCAGGUGUUUGCCGUGCGGUUCUUGGGUUCGAUGGCCGUUCGGGCUGGUCACACACAGGAAGUGAUCUAUGAAGCCAUGAGACAGGUUCUCGCCGCACGUGCAAUACACAACAUCUUCAAAACCACUGAGUCCCACCUCAUGGUCACUAGUACCUGCAUCAGACUGAUUGAUCCGCAGACACAAGUCACCAAAAUCAGUUUCCAGCUACAGGACGUGUCUCAGUUUGCGGCUCAUCAGGAGAACAGCAGACUGAUGGGGUUUGUGUUGGAGGGCAGAGACUGGAGUAACGGAGGAGAGGGUGAACCCUCUUUCAGUGUGUUUGUGUUUGAGAGCAACACCGAGGGAGAGAAGAUUUGUUACACAAUAAACUUGGGGAAAGAGAUCUCAGAGGCAAAGAAGGAUCCUGAAGCGUUGGCCCAGUUGAUGAAGUCAAUGCCCCUGACAAAUGAUGGAAAGUUUUUGCUGUUGGAAAAUGAGACGGGUGAUGCAGCCGAUGGAGUCGGACAGGAGGACCAGGAGUCUGAGGCUUGAGCAUGUCUCACACAAACACACACACAACCAUUUCCUGCUGCUUUUCUCCCCAGAUCUCCAGACUGCAUUAAGAUAAAGACAAACUUCUUUAGCACUUAUCCAAUUUAGUAUGACGCUCGUAAGGAAGAGAACAACAAGGUCAAAGGUUUGAGCCAUGUUUUAACCUUUAAAAUGAACUCUAGUUUGAGUACGGCAUGCAUCGGUUUCCAUGUUAAAGGGAUAGUUCACCCAAUCACAUCAUUUCCUCACCCUCAUGCUGCCAGACCGGUAUGAUUUUUUUUUUUUUCUUCUGUGGAACACAACAAUGAAAGUGAAUGGUAAUUGAUGCCAUCCAGCUCUAUUAAAAAAACCAAAAAAAAAAACACUAUAAAAGUAGUUCAUUUGACUUGUGUGCAGUAUUCCAAGUCUUUUGAAGCCACACAAUAGCUUUGUGUGAGGAACAGACUGAAAUUUAAAUUGUUAGUACUCACUGUAAAUAUUAACCCGCAUAGCAGCUCACAAAUCUCAUUUUUGGGUGAAUGGUCCCUUUGAGAAAAGGUUUCUUUUAUUGAUUCCGUUUGGUUUUCUUUUUUGUUGUCACUUUUCAUGAUAGUUAAAUCUAUUGGUCAUAAUGUAGGGGAAAUAAAAUGAAACAAUUUCAGAUUUUUCUCACUACCAGUUGUCACCGCACACACAAUCGUGAAUCUUUAUUUGCACUUUCUUGGUUUCAGUCGCAUCUAAGAUUUUAAAUGGAGCAAAUAAUCUAAAGUGAAGAAUAAAACGGCUACAUUUUGUAUAGUUCCACGGUACCAUUCCACAUAUUUAGUGAAUUCAGAGAUCCUGUAAAACUGGUCUGAAUCCCAAUUCGCAUACUAUCCUCUCAUAUAUACUAUAGUAUACAAGAUUAUGAAUAUUGCAUCCCAAAUCAUAGUAUAACAGUUGGAUGGUGUACAAUAUCUGAAAUUUGCAUGUUUUUUUGUACUAAUAUUGCCCACAACUCCUCACGCUUGUAUUUUUUAGUUGUAGUAAUAGUAAAGAAUGCAUGUUUUAAUGUAUGAACUAAAGGCCACAUCCACACUUGAUGCUUUUGUCUGAAAUCGCAUUGCUUUCAUUACGAUUACGCUUCUCUUCCACACUAGAAUGACGUUUUGAAAAUACGCUCUCCAUUACAGCAUAAUUAGGAAAACGAUGAUAGAAAAAAUGGAUUAGUGUGGAUGUGGCCUAAAAGUAAUGAAUUUAGCCAACACAAGCAAACACUACGCAACACAGGGGUUAGUGGUAUCAAGAUGCAAUUUUUAUAACGUUUGGUAGUAUGUCUCAAUACUGUGCGCGCUGUCUUACACUCAAAAGUACAUACUUAGAAAAAAAAGAGCAUACUUCAAGUAUGCAAAUUGGGAUUCAGACCAAAAUAAAAAAUCAAUUUUAUGUUUUUAAAUCCUUAUAAAUUUAGAAAGAAGGUGAUUUAGAUUCCUUUUUUUUUUUUUUACAUUUAUUUAAAACACUAGUAAGAGUGAUAUGUUGGUUAUUUUUAGUGUCUGUUUACAGUUUAUACACUUAAACGGUUAAAGAUAAAAAAUGCUUUCAAAUACAUAAAACAGUUGUAAUUUAACGUCACACAUACUCAUCUACUUUGUGGAAAAAUUAACAUUCUCAGGGCCAGUAGUUUAUGGGACUAAACAGUUCUAUAGUUUUUCCAUAAAUGUAUUCUCACGCAGAACCAAAUUAAUUUUCAAUCAGUUUAAUAUUUUCUCACACAGCUGAAUGCUUUUCUGACCACUAUCAACAAAUACGUGUUUGUAGGUACUUUUAAUUUAGAGCGUUUGUUUGAGCUCUGGAGGGUUUUUCCACAGCGCUUUAUUAAACAGAGCAUGUAAUAGAGGUCGACCGAUAGUGGAUUUUGCCUAUACCAAUAACUAAGGUGGUGGGAAAUGCAGAUAACCGAUUAAUCGGCCGAUAGUUUUUCCAAAUUGAUUUAUAGAAUGUAAAAAAAGUUCUUAUUUUUUCUUAAUUAUGGCAGACAAAGACAAAGAGUCCAAAAUGAAUAAAAACCCAGAUGCAGUUUUUUGUUCAACCAGAAAAAAAUAAGAUUUAAGAUCAGACUUUAAGCCCGAAACACACUGGGGACUCUUAUUUUGAAAGGACUAAAUUAUGAAAAAACUAUUGGCAACUAUCGACAGGUUUUUGCUGAUAACCAUUAGUUCCAAAAAGCAACUUACAGCAGCGAUUAAUCGGUAAAACCGAUAUAUCGGUCUACCUCUAGUUAAUCUGUAAUAAUUUGCAUUUGUACUAAAGGUUAUGGUUGUAUGUCUAGUGAAAGUGGUUUUCUAUUGAUUUGAAUGAAGUUGAACUGUUUACAUUAAUAGUAGGAUGGAGAUAUUUCAGAAAUGGAAACUGAGAUCUCAAAAUGUACGUGUAAUGAAACUAAAUAUGCCUCAAACAUCUGAAGUUUAAUCUGCGAUAAGCUUGAGCAUGAACCAUGCUGAAAAAACAAAAACAUAAAUGAACUUUUGUUUGCGCAGAUAUGCUCCAGUUAUUUAUGUUGGACUGGCAGGUUCUGCACAUGUAAUAUGUAUCUGUCUUUUCAGAAUGUAAAACUCUUUAAUAAAGCUUUGAGGCCA